AUGCCGUUCAAAUUCCCAGCCUUUCUGAGCACAUACCGCUUUUGGGCCGUCUCGUCCAUGACAAGCGCCGUCCUGCUCGUCCAACUCGCACCGCAGUACUCGAUUCGAGGGUCUUACUCGUGGACCGCAUCCACGGUAUUCGCCUUGCAAUGGCUCGUCUGCGCUUUCUACAGCAUAUUCAUCUACCCGCACUACACGAGCCCGCUGCGCCAUCUCCCGACCGCCCAGGGCGGCAGCCGUAUCUUCGGCCACUGGAGGACGCUUCUGCGCGAACCGUCCGGGAUUCCGCAGCGGCGAUGGGCGAACGAGAUGCCCAACGAUGGACUGGUCCGGUACCUGCACCUGUGGAACCGCGAGCGGCUGCUGGUCACGAACCCGAAAGGCCUGGCCGAGGUGCUGACGACCAAGAGCUACGAGUUUGUCAAGCCGGACCUGGUCAGCGCCGGCAUUGGACGUAUCCUGGGCGUGGGCGUCCUCUUGGCUGAGGGGGAAGAUCAUAAGAUGCAGCGCAAGAACCUCUUGCCGGCGUUUCACUUCCGGCAUAUCAAGGAGCUGUACCCGAUCUUCUGGGCCAAGUCGACGGAGAUGGUGCGCGCGAUUCAAGAGGAAGUCAAGAACAUGUCGUCCUCCUCUUCUGUGUCGGCAGAUACCGACGCGACGACGACGACGACACCUCCGGCGGUCGAGAUCGGCGAAUGGGGCAGCCGCGCCACAUUAGACAUCAUCGGCGUGGCGGGCAUGGGCCAGGACUUCCACGCGCUCCAAGACCCGACGAACGAGCUCAACCGCGUCUACCGCGCCGUGUUCUCGCCGGACCGCACGGCGCAGAUCCUCGGCCUGCUCGGGUUUUUCCUGCCGGCGUGGUUCCUCAACGCCCUCCCCGUCGACCGCAACAGCCAGGUGCAAGCGGCGGCCAACGUCGCCAAGGACACGUGCCGCCGCCUGGUCGAGCAGAAACGCCGGCGCCUGGCCAACAAGGAACCCAUGCAGCCGGACAUCAUCUCCGUGGCGCUCGAGUCCGGCGGCUUCACCGACGAAGACCUCGUCAACAACAUGAUGACCUUCCUGGCCGCGGGCCACGAGACCACGGCCUCGGCGUUCCAGUGGGCGGUCUACCAGCUCUGCCAGUGCAAGGACAUCCAAGCACGUCUCCGCGCCGAGAUCCACGCACACAUCGGGCCCCCCGACAACACGGACGCCAACCACCACCAACCCAUCACGGCCGACGUCAUCGACAACAUGCCCUACCUGCACGCCGUGUGCCAGGAGACGCUCCGGCUGUGGGCGCCCGUGCCGCUCACGCUGCGCGACGCCGCCCACGACACGACGAUCCUCGGCCACUUUGUGCCCCGGGGCACGAAGAUCAUCCUCUCCCCCUGGGCCGUCAACCACAACACGGCCCUGUGGGGCGCCGACGCUGGCACGUUCAACCCGGACCGGUGGACCGCUCCCGGCCAGGCCAACGCCGGCGGCGCGGUCAGCAACUACGCGUUCCUGACGUUCCUGCACGGCCCGCGCAGCUGCAUCGGCGCCAAGUUCGCCAUCGCCGAGUUCGCGUGCCUGCUGGCCGCGUUCGUCGGCAGCUGGGAGUUCGACCUGGUCGAUCCGGACAGGGAGAUCGAGAUCAAGGGCGGGGUUACGGCGCGGCCCAAGGGCGGCGUGCGUGUCUAUCUCAGGCCGGUGGAAAAGUGGGCCACAUGA